AGACUCUUGUAAAGUUAAGAUGAUCAUUCUUGAAACAUAUCUCUUUUUCUCUCACACAGCAAUGGCGCAAUUGUGUAAUGAAAUGGUUAAUCAUUCAUGCAACAAAGCAUUAUAUAAAUCGUGACUUUUUAUAUACAUAUUUUUUACUGCUUCCCUUGCCCUUUUUUUUAUUUAUUCUUUCUUUUUAUCUUUUUAAAAAACAUGGUUCUCAGACUUGGUGACACUGCUCCUGACUUUGAAGCAAAGACAACUAAAGGUGAUAUCAAAUUUCACGAAUUUAUUGGUGAUAAAUGGACUAUUCUCUUUUCUCAUCCUGCUGAUUUUACGCCUGUAUGCACUACCGAACUUGGCCUUGUCGCUGCUCUUCAAGAUGAAUGGGAUAAGCGUAACGUGAAGGUGAUUGGCCUCUCUGCCAAUGGUCUUGACGAACACGAAAAAUGGAUUGCUGAUAUUAAUGAAAUUAGCCAUGUUCAGCUCAAUUUCCCCUUGAUUGCUGAUGCUGAUCGUAAGGUCUCUGAGCUAUAUGACAUGUUGGAUCAUCAGGAUGCAACCAAUGUGGAUGCAAAGGGUAUUCCAUUUACUAUUCGCUCCGUCUUUAUCAUUGAUCCUAAAAAGACAAUCCGAUUGAUACUCACUUACCCUGCCUCUACUGGUCGUAAUUUUGAUGAGAUAUUGCGUGUGGUCGAUUCUCUUCAGUUGGGUGACAAGCACCGUAUUACCACUCCUGGUAACUGGAAGAAGGGUGACGAUGUCAUCGUUCAUCCUUCAGUCUCUACCGAAGAAGCUCAAAAACUAUUCCCCAAGGGUGUCAAGGUCAUCAAACCUUAUUUACGUUUAACCCCUUCUCCCUUUUAAAUAUCAAUAUACAUGUCAUGUUCUAUUUAACUAUUAUUCGAUUUUUGAUUGGAUCAUUUCAUUUGUUGCAUAAUGAUCUAGAGUCGACGUAAGCGGUUUAGUGUGUUUUGCUCAUCUUUUAUGUCAUUUGUAUAUGUGUGUCCUUUUU